AUGUCGACAACGGUGCAACUGCUGCUCGUCUACGUCGUGGUUCAAACCCAUGGACUACUCCACCACCAGCAGCCAACGCAAGCUGGAUACCAGGGCGCUGGCUUCGGUGGCUACGCUGCUGCCGGGACACCUUACAGAGGAUACGAUGCCUACUCCUCUCCACCUCAGCCGUACAGUUUCGGCUACGAUAAUGUGGACGAGUACGGUAACCGAAUGUUCCGCAGCGAGCAGGGUGACUCCAACAACAUCAAAACGGGGUCGUACGGCUACCGAGACGUCAAUGGCCUCUACCGGCGGGUCAACUAUGUGGCAGAUGCGAACGGCUUCCGUGCCACCGUGGACACCAACGAGCCGGGCACUGCCCCAGGUGCCAGCGCCGACGCUGUCUUCAACGCUGCACCGGUCGUUCCACCGGUUCCCUCAGGACCUGCACAGGGAGUUGCACCUGCAGGCUACGCGGCUGGGGUUGCGGCACCUUACAACGCUGGUGGCUACAGCGGCUACGGAAGAUACGGAUACAACCCCUACCCAGGCGCUGCUGGCCCUUACGGAUAUGCUCCGUACGGAUCUAUCGGAUACACAGCUGGCGGCCCAGCACUCGGCGGACAAGCAUAUGGUGGUAGCGCUCCCUACGGUUACGGUGCAGCCGGUUUCAAUGGAGGCUACGUGCCGGAACCACGCUGCCCUCGCUGGCAGAGGGAGCGCCAACUGGCAGAAGCCCGCCCCCAAGCCAGGAGAGAGCCGGGACACCAUGAGGCACAUCCACAACAGGGCGCCAAGAAGGCCUCAGCCCCGAGCUCCUUCAGGCAGACGCAUGCCUCCCAGCCAGUCAGGCAGGGCGAUCUCUUCGCUGACAUCGCCGGCGGUCACUCUGGGAGUGACUCAUCGGCAACACACACAGCUCCCAAUGAUCAUUCCACCAGUGAUCGGCGCGAGUCGGCGAUUGCCCUGCUAGCGGCAGCAGUGCGUACAGCGCUGGAGUUCCUCCCACCCAGCUCCCCAGCCUACUCGCUGUGCGCGGCGGCUCUCGCCACACACCAGGCUCUGAACCAGAAUGGCGAGUAG